AUUUGUACCAAGUUUACUCUAUUGCUUACAGGAAUGAACAGCAACAACAUAACACCACAGGAUCUGCCUGCAUACAUGGAGGGAGUGCGACAGCAAGUUAAGGAUAGACAUGCGUCACUGGAAUCUCGUCAGCUUAAAGUUGGUCGAAUAAUCAUUGAUUGCGGGGUAGAUAUAGAGGAUUAUGCAACGCUGGUGGACAACUAUGGUAAACAGAACCUGAUUCAACGCGCAUUUGACAGCAGAAAGUAUUACCCCCGUGCUCAGCGACACCAGCGAGUGACAUGAUAUUAAUGGUUUUCCUGGACUGAAAUCAGGACAACCUGGCCCCUUUGCCCAUCUCUCAAGUAUUAUACGUACUCGGUCCGCAUCCGAUUCUCAGUUCAUCCCAAGGCAUUGCUAUCGGUAUCGCAAACAGCAGGAAACUUCCCAGUAACAUCUUUAUAGAUUUUUGCCGACUAUUUCUAUAUUGAUUCGUUUGACCAGAGACAAAA